AUGACACGACUCUUCACGCAAAUUCGCUACGGCGGUUACGCGGCCGUGAUCAUAUUCUCGGCGGUAGUACUAGGCGUCUCGGCAUAUCUUGCAAAUCAAUUCCUACCAGACCUUCAUCAUGACUUCACGAUAUUCGCCCUCAUCCCGCCCUCAUAUACAAUACUGUUGUCUGUCAUAUUACUAUUUGUAUCAAAUCCUAGAGCCGAGAUCGUUCAUGCCUUCGUGACGGGCGUUUUGUGGUUGAUCAUGGGCGCAUGGACUGCUGACUUUCUCGGGUCUUCAAAAUGCUCUGCGCAAGUGGGCUCAACAACGCCGACCACUCAUGGCACCAUGUCUGCAAAUCUCUAUUGCGAGCUGUCAAAAGUGCAGGAGGCGUUCGCGUGGGUUCUCUUCGUACUGUUCGCGCUCUGGUUUUUCAUCGUGAUUUCGUUGACGCGCCGAUCACUCGCUAUGGGACGCGAGUUUAUCUGGACGGAAAACGUCAACCUCCUCCCAUGGUUCGGCCAGGCACCGUCAUGGCCUGGUAUGGCAGAAGGCCAGUACCCUGAGCAAUAUCGCCCCUUCUACGGCUAUCCGGGAUACCAGCAAUACUACCCUCAAAUAUCCAACGGCACGAUGGGCUAUCAACAUUCGGGCGUAGCCGGAUCUUCCUAUCCCGGUGGACACCACGUCCCAACGAGCUACUGA